AUGAAGUUUGUCCCCACUUGGUAUACAGUGAUCGCUUCUUGGAGAAAAAGAUCCCUAGAGGAUGACUCCCAUUCUCUUACAUUAAGGGACAUUAAAAGGCCCCGAUUAAAUUAUUAUCGAUUGGCUAGUGAAAGCUCAAGAUGCUCUGAAGACACAGAAGAUACUGAAAGUGUUUGGAGUGUUCAAGAUAGGGAUACUGACGUCAUACAUGAUACUUCAGACACUGAUACAAAAUCAGAUUGCAGCAGCAAUAAGGACGAAUAUGAGGUAGAAAUUGAAUAUGAAGUUGCUAGCCUAUCAGAGGCAGACAAUUACUUAAGUUGUUCUUCCACAGGUUCAGAGGACAUGAUGAUGGCAGUAGCUGCUGUAGCUUCUGUGGUUUGGGAUGACUCCAUAGACAUUACGGAUUCAGAAGAUUCAGACAACAGCAGCAGCAUAGAAUCAUCUUUUACAAGGUCAUUUUCCACUUGUAUACAGUGCAAGUUUGAGAAUAAUAACCCUCUGUAUAGAUACUGCGAAAAAUGUUUUCAGGACCGUAAGAAGUAUUUCCCGCCAAGACCUAAAGGCUUCAGAAGAAGGAAGAAAUCGUCGAAAAACCGCCGUGAACCGCCGGUCAAACUGGACACGUUACGUUCCUGUUUAAGCGGACUCUCGCAAAUGUCGCAGGACUCAGGCAUCGGAUCAAGUCAAGAAUGCCCACAAUUGGAUUUGGAUCGCAUCGUGGUGCCGCACUAUCAUCUAUCACAAGGUACGUCAAGUUCCAGUUUAACUUCGUCUACGACGACGUCUGCAGUAAAUGGUUGUAGUACGUCUUCCCUCGAAAGUGUUACUUUGAAAGAGGAGACAAAACUCUCGGAAAUAGGCACGGAAGAUGCCGGAACUUCCAAUUUAACAGCGUCUUCGACAUCGGGGAUAGGUAGUGGUAGUGGAACAUCUAGUUCCAUAUCUUCAUCGGAAAAUAGUGGUGGUAGUUCAUCAUCGCUCGAAAGCGUUACUUUAGAUACCAAAUCGGAUGUAGUAUCGGAAAACGAUUACAAAGUAGCGGAAAACGACUCGGAAAAAGGCUACAAUUCGAGCAGGUCAAAUGCGAACGAUUCAGAUUUGUGCAUGUUUUGUCACAGCGCACCAAAAGAUGGUAUAUUCUUGCACACUAACAUAGCACAUGUCUGCUGUUGCUAUAAAUGCGCUAAGAAAACGCUGAACACCACGAAAAGAUGUCCUAUUUGCAAUAGGCCCGUUAAUAAGGUGGUCAAAAUAUUUUCCUGUUAG